GUAUGGGCGCGCUCGCAAAGCUCCGGGCCUUCGCGGAUCGUAUCGAGAGCGAUCGCAUUGGUGAGCCCCGGUUAGAUUCGCUUUGCUGUGCCAGGGUUUCUGGCAGAUUGCGGGUUGGGAGGGGCGUACGCGCUGUUCUUGUGGAUUCGCCAGCGAAGGCGCGAUCCGACGAUGCCUUCGUCGCGGCCGGGCUGAUCCAGAUGUAUGCCAAGCGCGGGAGGAUGGAGGAGGCAUGGGAGAGCUUCCGUGGCGCGGGGGUCAAGGACGCGGUUGUGUGGAGCAGUAUGAUCACGGCGAGUGCCCGGAAUGGGGAUUUUGGGGCGGCGCUGCUGCUUGUCAAGGAAAUGCUGCUCGACGGCGUGUUGCCCGAUGUGAUCGCUCUCACGGCGGCGCUGGCGGCUUGUACACGCCCGGAAGCUCUCUCUCAAGGUAAGCUUCUUCAUGCGUGGAUCUUAGACUGUGGCUGCGAGGCUGACUUGUUUGUGGUGACUGCAUUGGUGACCAUGUAUGGGAAAUGUGGCAGCUUGGAACGGUCCAAGGAUGUUUUCGAUCGUAGCUCGUGUCGAAGAAACUUCGUGCUGUGGACGAGCAUGAUCGGGGUUUAUGUCCAGCAUUCUCGCUUCGCUCAGGCUCUGGGGAUGUUUCGCCAGAUGCAACUGGAAGGUGUGAAGCCAAACAAGGUGACUUUCAUUUCAAUUGCUGGUGGAAUCGUCGACAUGAACCAAGGUAAGCUUAUCUACGAGCUUGCCAGAGAAUGUACACUUGCUUUGCAUGAUAUUGUCGUCAGGACUGCUCUAAUCGGGAUGUUUUCCAGAUGCGGGGACAUUCGCUCUUGCGAGAUGUUGUUUCAGACAACAGUGUGCCACGAGGGAACACUCUCCUCGUGGAAUGUGAUGCUUGGAGUCUAUAGUGAACACGAAAAGCAACAACACAAGGCGUUCCACUUGUUUCGACGCAUGCUUCUGCAAGGUUUGUUACCAGAUAGAGUUUCCUUUCUUGCUUUGCUUUCUGCGUGCCGGAGUUUAGACUGUGGGAAAUCUGUUGAAGGCUGGAUUCUUGAAGCAGGACUUGAGGGCGACCUUGUGGUCGGUGCUGCACUCGUUGGUAUGUAUGGGCGGUGUGGAAGUUUAGUAGAUGCGUUCCAGGUGUUUCAGAACUUUGAGAAUGACGCUGACAUGGUCUUUUGGAAUUCGAUGAUCGCAGCGUGUGUUGAUGCGCAUGCGUCUUCUAUGGCUUUAGAACUUUUUCGGCGGAUGCAACUCCAAGGUGUGAAGCACAACAAGGUCACGCUCGUUUCCGUGUUAAGCGCAUGCGCCAAGUGCCACAAUAUUUCUUAUGAAUGCUCUUCUUAAUCUAUAUGGUGUGUGUGGGAGCCUUAAGGAUGCUUUAAACGUUUUCGUCAAUGUCGAAAGGUGGACGGUUGUGUCGUGCACUGCAAUGAUGGCAGCUCUUUCAGAUAAUGGCCUCCAUGCAGAAGCUAUGGUUCUUUUCAGGAUGAUGCUGCUGGAAGGCUGGGCUCUUUCAAGGACUUGGUACCGGCGUUGAUCGCCGC